CAUGUCCGCAUUGUGUCCCAGACCCUUCAGAUUACGACGUGGAAUGGGAAUGUGAUAAAAAUAUAGCGAGGACUGCAUGCCACGGGCAGUACUUACAGAUGGAUGACGACAUGCCUCAUCGCGGGCAGAGCAGGUGGAGGAUCUGCAUGUGGACGUCUGCGACUGUGCCAAGUCUAGCACCAUCCAAGCACCUGACUCACAGCGCGAUGGUUCCGGUCCGCAUGUGGAGGGCGCACACGUCCACAAGCACGAAUUGUCAGCUUUGCGCGCAAUGUGACUGGAUGAAUGGCAUGAAACAUUAGCGAGCGGAGAUCUUGGUUUAGUCGUAGAUGCCAAACCGAACAAGAAGACUCUGGAGAGGAGCUUUAUGUCUUUCCCUUUGUGGUUACGGAGAACCUCACG